CUGCAUCAUGGAUUCUCUUUCAAAAGCAAAUGGCACCUUUGCCAUCGAGGUUUUGAAGAUGCUGUGUCAAGACAGACCUUCACAAAAUGUAUUUUUUUCUCCCCUGAGCAUCUCCUCUGCCUUGGCCAUGGUGCUCCUGGGGGCAAAGGGGAACACCAAAGACCAGAUGGCUCAGGCACUGUCUUUAAACACAGAGGAAGACAUUCAUGAGGGCUUCCAGAUGCUUCUCAACCAAAUGAACAACCCUGGGUCAAAGUUCUUGCUUACAACAGCCAACAGGCUCUUUGGAGAGAAGAACUGUGAUUUCUUCUCAACAUUUAAGGAGUCCUGUCUUCAGUUCUACCACUCGGAGCUGGAGCUGCUGUCCUUUACCAAAGAUUCAGAGAAGUCCAGGGAGCAUAUAAAUGCUUGGGUCUCAAAAGAAACGAAAGGUAAAAUUCCAGAGAUGCUACCAGUGAACUCGAUUGAUGAGCUGGUCAGGCUGGUUCUUGUCAAUGCCAUCUACUUCCAAGGAAAGUGGGACAAGCCAUUUGACAAAUCAUGCACGGAAGAAAUGGCUUUCAAAGUAAACCAGGAGGAGGAAAGGACAGUGCAGAUGAUGUGGCAGGAAGACAAUUUUAACUACAUCUACAUCAGUGAGUUCCAGACAAAGUUGGUGGAGCUGCCCUACGCUGGCAAGACACUGAGCAUGAUCAUCCUGCUCCCAGAUGAGGACCUUAGUGUGGUGGAAAAAAACCUUACUUUUGAGAAAUUCAUAGCCUGGACCAAGGCAGCCUCUUUGCAGAAUAUUGGAUUAGAAGUUCUCCUUUCAAGAUUUAAACUGCAGGAGGAUUACGACAUGCAGUCUGUGCUUCAGCGUUUGGGAAUGGUUGAUGCCUUCCAACAUGGCCAGGCUGAUUUCUCUGGAAUGUCAACUGAGAAAGACAUGUGUCUAUCCAAAGUUGUGCACAAGAGUGUCCUGGAGGUGAAUGAAGAAGGCACUGAGGCUGCAGCAGCUGACAUAGAUGAAGUGUUUGACUGCACAUCAUGGUCACCAAAGUUCUGUGCUGACCACCCCUUCCUUUUCUUCAUCAGGCAUAACAGAACCAACACUCUUCUGUUCUGUGGCAGGUUCUCAUGUCCCUAAGGGUUGGAAUUCCCCUCCAUGGAGAAUUUCCAUUUUUUCAUGUCCCCCAAUUCCCUUUACAGUUCACAAGGAUGGGCCUUUCGGUGAACACCAAGUAGAAAAAUAGGGCAGGGUCCUAAGCCUUCUGAACAACUUGCAAGUGUGAUCUCAUGAUGCACCACACUGAGCUGUCCCCAUACUGCCCACUAAUUUGUACCACAGAACUAGGUCAUGGUCAAUUGGAUAUCCUGAUUCCCUGUUGUAUUUAGAUGUGUUCCAUAUAGAGGCCAUAUGAUAGCUAGCAAACUUUCCCUUAGAUGGCCCCAAACACAUUUCCCACUCAUUCCACAUGCAAUUCCUGCUUUCCUGGAACUUCAAACUUGUCACACAGCUGCCCUAGGCUGAAUGCCUCAAAAAUAAUAAAUGCUGGUAUAUACUGUUACUACCAUUCUAGUUUAAAGAGAAAACAAAUUUUAGUCUGGAGGUAUGUCUCAGUUGUUCAGCAAUUGUCUAGCACAUGUGAGGCAUUGGGUU